AUGAUUUUAUCAAUUCAAAAAGCAUCACAUAAGAGUCCUGAUAUUUUGGAAUAUCCGAAUUGGAUAAUUACUUUAUUCCAAGCUUGGAAACAUAUUGUAAAUGCUAAUUUUGCACCUGCAGAAACUUUAUUAAAUUCAGCAAAAACCCAGAAGGAUUACUUUGACAAACAGGUACAACAAAGGUUGGAAAAGUUAAAUAUUGGUAGUGAUGAUCAGAGAUUAUACUUUUACUAUUCAGAAGUUGAACCACAUUAUUCUAUUGGUUACCAUCAUUAUUAUAAUUCCCAAUUUCCUAAAGCCUUGGAGGAAUUGAUGGCUAUUUGGAAAAUGACAUCUAAUAGAGAAUGUGAUUAUAAAUCUGAACUUCCUCCAGAAUUCAGAUCAUCUAAACAAUCAAGUGGAAAAAAGAGAAAAAUUGAAAGGGGAAAAAUUAUACUCAAUCCUUAUUACAAGGUUAAAAUUCCAUCAAUGAUUGGACAAUCAUGUUACCACAUUGCUAACGAUGAAAAUACUAGUGAGGAAGAAAAGGAAAAACUCUUGAGAAAGGCACUCAAAUUUUUUACAAUAUCAAUAAUAAUGACAAGAAAGUACAAAUCUAUGUCAGGAGUUGUUUUCAGUGACGCAAAUACAUACCUACAAAGAGAAGCUAUCUAUAGGCAUUUUGGAAGAUUGGAUCUUGCUCUUGAUGAUUUAACAAGUGUUAUCACACACUCCCAACCUUAUUACGAUAUUCUUUCAAUAUAUUAUGCCUAUGAAGCUAAGAGAGACGUUGUAAAGAAAAUGAUUGAAAAAAUAACAAGUGAUGAAGCAUAUAGUAUUAUUACAGAAAAGUAUCGAGAACAUAAAAGAUUAACAGACAAGGCGAAACUGAUAGAAGAUAUACUAACAGAAAUUUACUACAAAUUGGAAUAUCAUACUUUGGCACAAGGAGAGGAUAAAGUUGUCAGUCCCUACAUUCAAAUAUGUAGAGCUUGGAAUACUGGUGUUCCUCAACUAUUGGAAAGGAAGUGUGAUUAUUUCCUCUUUGCCAGAUCAUGUCAAUAUGUUCCAUUAAUUGAAGGUUUUAUUGGAGUGGAUGUUCCGAUUAAUAUUGAAAAUGCCUUACUAAUUUGUGAUAUGAGGUUGGAUUUUGCUCACAGACAAAAUGAACCAGAGUCUGUUAUCAAGAAGUAUGUUUCCCACCUCUCUCACCUCUUGUACAGAACUAUUUACGAUGACACAACGAGUAUGAUGUAUAGCAAAGGAACCAUUCGUUCCAUGUUUAUAUUACCUGGUAAAAGAAAGGGCUUUUCCAGAGCUAUCUUUAAUCAUUUCUCAGAUUUAACGAUUAGAAUAUCUUCACGUCCUGAGUACUAGAAAUUUUCGAGAAGGAACCUUAGUAGUGAGAGAUAUCCUUAAAUGUCAAACUUCAACAUGUUCAAAUAUUGCAAAGAUAAACCAAGAAGAAUAAAAAACCUAAUGAAACGU